AAAUGUACUCGCCCUUUUCUUUUGAUCCCCUGAGCUGAGUCUUAAAUUUUCCUUCCCUAAUUGAUUUUGAUUCUAGUUCGGCUUAUCACAGGUUUACAUUUAUAUUUCUUAAGUUUCUUUAAUACUACACGCAUGUGAUUCCUCGAAGCAUGAUUUUCGUUUUGUGGAAAGUGCCUCGGUUCAGUAUGUGCUUGCCUUGGGACUCCGUUCAAAGCAGAUUUUAACUUUCAAUUUUCUCUUUGACUUUAAAGCUAGUGCAAAGUUCUUAUUGACUGUAAUGCAAUAUACAUUCGGAAGUAUCUCUCUAAACUAAAUGGACGUCUACUCCUUUUUUACAGUAACUGUCAUCAUUUUGAAAUCUGUGGAGUGUGGUUACAAAUCAUGAGAACUCAGCAGAUGUUUACAUUACUGUGUUAUCACUAAAUCAUACUUGGUCUGUAUCAAUUAGAUGUCAGCUGGAAGUCCCCUUGCUCAAUCAUUGAUUAACGUUAUUUCCAAGAAAUGUUCCCGGGUGUAACCGUCGCAAAUCUUGUUAGCAACUCACCCCAGAUUACCCUUUUCGUUAUGGUAAUUCUACUCUCCCACUUCACACAUCCACCAAACCUUUCAAAACCUACUGAAUUUAUCAGGUGCCCAAUUGUGUAAGUUCAGACUUUUCCAACUUUUAUCAAUCAGCUUGCAACUCUACCUCCAAGUUGUCUCCCACAAAUUGCAGCCAUGAGUGAUGACAUUGGAGUCAAUCGCGGCGCUGAGCAGAAAAUUCAGUUACUACAAGAAAUGAGGAGCAAGAACUUUGAUGUCAUUCGUUUUGCCUCAUAUCGAACAGCUUGUAAACUCCGCUUCAUCCAGAAAAAAACUCACCUUCACAUGAUUGACAUCUGGAAUGUGAUCGAAGCAUUUCGCGAAAAUGGAUUAAACACCCUGGAAGCUCAAACAGAAGUGAAUGUGUCUCGAUUGGAAUUACUCGUUUGUAGCUUGUAUCACAAUUUAAACAAACGACUCCCUGUGUCUCAGCAAGUGAAUGUUGAAUCCUUGUCCAGCUUACUUUUGAAUUGGCUUCUCUCUGCGUAUGCUGUCGAAACACUUCGAAGAAUCCGAGUCUUCUCAAUUAAGGUUGCUCUAGCUACAAUGUGUGCUGGAAAGCUGAUGGAUAAAUUAAGAUACCUCUUUUCGCAGCUUUGUGAUGGAAAUGGUCAUUUAAUUGCAUGGAAAUUAAGCGAGUUUUUGCAGCAAGUUCUUGCCUUACCAGCCGCUGUGUAUGAGUCACCCUCCUUCAGCUACAGCGAUCAACUUGCUGCCAGUAUUUUUGCUGGGAUGAGUAAAGUAACAGUAAACGAUUUCAUGGACACAAUGAUGGCUGAUCCUGGACCUCACUGUCUGGUUUGGCUUCCUUUGCUUCAUAGACUAGCUGGCAUAGAAAAUGUUACACACCCGACGGUAUGCGAUGGAUGUCAUAAAGAAAAUUUUUCUGGAUUUCGGUAUAAGUGCAUGAAAUGCCACAAUUACCAAAUGUGUCAAGAAUGCUUCUGGCAUGGUCGAGUGAGUGGAAACCAUACCCUAGAACACGAAGUGAAAGAAUACACAUCCUACAAAUCUCCAAGCAGGCAAAUUGGGCACUCCUUGCGGAAAUCAUUUCGAUGUGUUCCUGAUAAGGGGAAAGCUAGCAUCCCUCGAUUCCCAGAAGAGCCAGAAAAAACCAUUAACCUAUCACACAUAGUUCCUCCUUCACCUCUCCCAUCGCACAAUGGUUUUGCUGACUACGAUGUUUCAUCUAUGGAUAGCCGAUCAAUUGCACGUAGUCCGAGGUAUACGUCUAGUCUAGAAUCAAACAAAUUGGAUGAUGAGCAUAAGUUGAUCGCCAGAUAUGCAGCAAGAUUAGCUCAUGAAGCAAGGAGUGUUGGAAGGACUCCAUCCGAAGGAUCCCUCAGUUUUGACGCAUCCAGAGCUCAGAGAGAAUUAAUUCAACAACUAGAAGCCAAAAAUAGAGAAAUCAUGAGGGAAAUUGCCAGAUUGAGACGGCAGCAAGAGUUAGAAGGUGCAAAUUGUCUUGAUGGGGACCCUGAACUAGUAAGUGAACUCAAAGAAUUACGGCAACGCAAGGAUGAUUUAGAACGCCACCUUGCUGCUCUGCAAGACUCUAGGCGGCAUCUCAUGAUUCAACUCGAAAGUCUCAUGAAACUCCUAAAGAGUCAGCAGCCUUCAUCCAGGGCAACUCCCAACUCCUCUCCAAGAGCUACAAAAUCUCCGCCUCCCUCUAGGUCUGCUCCUCCGACUCCGGUUCUAAUGCCUAACAGUACGGCCAUGGACUCUUUAACGAAUGAUAUGCGCUCCGUGUAUACCUCAUCCACCAUAGGUGCUUCUUCAUCUUCAUUGGCUAGUUUAAGUGGUGGUGGGACUGGCGGAGGCCAGUCAGCCGAUAGUCAUGCACCAGAUGGGCGGAGCUUGCGCAAUGAUUUGCUUGUUGCAGCAGAUUCAGUAACUAAUGCAAUGUCCUCGCUUGUUCGAGAGUUGAAUUCAGAAGGUUCAGAAGAUGACCAUUCAGUCGAAACUGUCAUUCAGAAGAAACCUACUGAUCUAGACAAGGAGAAAAAGUCUAGUGGGGAUGAAAUCUAUCCAGAAGUUAAAAAAGAUCCCAAAUUCCUAGCUGAGUUAAGGGCAGCAACGCAACUGCGAAGCAGCAAGAAUUCCGGUGAGCUGAUGAAUGGCAAUGGACCAAAAAUGGGGCAGGGCUCCAACAGCCAUUACACUGAAUACAAAGUCGAGAAUCGGGAGCAAACUUCAGCGGACUCCGAACUUAAUGAUUUACAAUAAAUUCUGUUUGAAUUUCCUCUCUACUAGCAACUCAAGCCUUCAUUUAUUUAACUAUUUGAUAUUGUUUGAAUAAUUUGAGAACGCUUUGCACCUACUUUUCUAGCAUUCUUGAGAGUUGACAAUCUGAAUCUAAUGCUUUCUUUUUAAUAAUGUAGUGAAGCCUGCAAUUUUUAAGCCUGAUUGACUUUCAAUUUUGUCAUUUCAUACCGUUUGUAAACUUCAAAUCAACUGCUCGAAAAUUUGUUAGGUAAUGGUGAACCUACCUUAUGCAUAGCUACUUCCCUUCAAAUUGUAUACAAAUACUUGUAAUUGUACUACAAAAGUAUUCAAACUGAAUUGAGACGGCACGAAAGAAAAAAGCAUUAAAUCCUUUAUGCCCAGUUUCGGAAUAUUAAGAAACAAUUCUGCAGUUAAAGGCCAAAUAAAUGUAACCCGAUUUUCACUAAUUCCAGAAAUUCGGGGAAAACUACAUGACAGCUUAAUGCUUGCAACGUAUUUUGCAAAUUUACAAACCUGGUGUCUUGUCAGAUAUAAUAAAAAAAAAUUUACACAUGCAGAUCUCAUGCUAAGUAUGUCAAAAAUGCAAAUAACUGGAUUUUUCCAAAAUUGAUGGUUAAAUUUCUUUAGCACUUAAUUUCAGAAUUAAAGUGCACAUUUCGCAAUUUCUUAAAAAAAAUGUGUGGAAUCUGCAAUUUGUCAACAGUGAUCUGCAACAAAAUAAUUUAUUUGUACUUAACCUCGUGAAAAUCAUAAACUGACGGACUUUCCUUUGUUCCUUACUCAGCUAAAAAAGCGCAACAUAAAUGAGUAAAUUAAUUUUUUUUUUAUUCCAUUUUAACUUGAUUGUUUUGUAAAGUCUGAAAUUUUGACCAAAGCUCACAGAGUAUUAGUCAUGUAAUUGACAGCUUCUUCAUAGUGAUGUGUGCUGAAACCGUCCAACUCUCUUGACGUAUGACUCUUUACAGGUCUCUUUGUUACUUGACUGACCUUUAAAUCCAUAAGCUAAAGAGAGAGGAAAGAGGCAUGGGAAAGCUUGCCUCGUUUAUUUUCGUUGCUUUUAAGGAUUUCAAGGACGUUUGAGCAAGGAGCAAAUGAAGGAGAUUUCAGUGCACACUAUUUCUCCUUAUUUUAGUGUCUAUUUCUCGACUGAUUGCAGUUUAACAACUUUGAUGUGGCCUAUUAAAAUUGUUUCAUGGUCGGAUAAUUUAAUGAGAAAAUAUUGUCAUUACUUUGUCACUGUUCUAAAAUUGGUUGCCUAUUAUUGUGUCAGCAAGAAACUGUUGAUAGGAUUUGCAGAACUCUGAGUUCUUGCAAGGUUUUAACUGAUCAAAGAUUAUUAAUGAUCUUUGUGCAUGGCUGCAUUUAAACGCAGUUUAUGAUUUAGUGAUUUAGAUGCAAUUGAUAUUGUUUUCAGCUAUCUGCUCUUUCUCAUUCAUUAAGUUCGCCUAUCUUAGCAACUUGCUAAUUAAGAAGUCAUAAUAUAAGUGGCAUUUUUGUAAAACAGUAUCAACCCUCUUUUUACGAAGAGAAUCAUAGUAUAAUUUUACAUUGUUGUUCCUCAUGAACAGCUGUUUGUGAAAGAUUGGAACAAUUCUAGGAUUCUUCACAGUAUUUCAGUUUCCAUAAAAAAUGGGAAGAAAAUUAGAAGAACUGGAUCCAAAAAUGAUAAUUGUAGUUUCCCGAUAGUUGCUUCCCAAAAUUCGCUCUGUUGUUGUAAUCAUCAUGUAGAGAGCUCCAAGUUCCUAUAAUCCAUUCUGUUUACAUAUUUUGCAUAAGGGUUGAUUAGGAAAAAUUGGGGAGCACUUAUUUUUUUAAAUGCCUAUCACUGUCUGUUUUUGAGGUAUCAAUUUUUUCUCCUAAUAAUGUGCGCUAGGAAACGGUACGAUUUAGUGGCAACUGUCUUCACGACUUAAAGCAAGACGUAUUUAUUUUAAUCUUUAGCAAAAUUCUGACGGAACUUGUUCCCAUUAGAGUUUUAGGUAAAGUUUUAGGUGAUAUGGAAAACAGGGAAAGUCAGGGGAUUUGCGGCUUCUCGGAUGUUGGGAAAAGUUGUAGAAUUCAUGGGAAAAGUUACGGAAUUUCAAGAGUAAUCCAUUGGCUCGGUAACUUUAGUUGGUGCCAUCCACAAAAGCGUAAACAACUUCUGGGUGCCUUUUUAUAUACCUUGAAUCUCUUAGAAGUGAAAAUGUUGUCCAUAGUUCAGAAUAAGAAAUAGAAUCAAAAUAUUUAUAUUUGGAGAAAAAUAAAAAUAAAAUAGAAAAUUUGUUAGGAGGUCAAGGAACUGUCUGCAGAAAUCGGGGAUUAGGAAACUUUGGUAUUAGGGUAAAGCAAAAAAAGUUAUAGAAAGUCGAAUUUUAAGCGAUUUUUGUACAAAUUGUCAUUUGUAGAUCAACCUUCCCAAGUUUGGUGGAACUUUUGUUAUUUUUAUUUCCUUUUAUCAGAGCAUCUCAUUGUCAGUCUGAAGCUUUGAUGCAUGCAAAAAUCACUUUUAAUUAACUAACCAUCAUAUGAUGAAAAGAGAGAAAUAGACCGAAGAAUGCAUCGAUAGAUAGAAUGAUACAUUUCACAUUAAAACUGUGAUAUGUAUCAUCGCUUACUCAGUCCCUUAAGUUUGUAGAGCUCUAAGUCUUAAUUCCUCUCACAUUUGGACUGAAAAGGAAUUUAUGGACGUAAAAAUGUGUAUUCAAGGCAGUAUUAAAAUAAAUAAAAAUUAUUAGGUAAAUUAACUCUUUAUUAAAUAAGUUGAAAAGUUGGGCAGGCUCUUAAUUGCUCCUAAAAUUCAUCUUUCUUCAGCCAGGGGGCUGAUUAUUGAAAUUGAUAGACAAAGAAGACAUAGGGAGUAUGGAGCAAUCCUGUUGGUUGAACUGGGUGGUUCCUUUAGAUUAAGGGAGAAAAUGGUGGACUAAUUAUAGGGUCUCUUGCGGGUAGCCAUUAGUCAGUCUAUUAUCUACCUCCUUUGUCCAUUGCAAUCACCCGCUUCUACCCAGAGGACACGUCCAUACCCCUUUUGUUUUCUUCGUCUCUAGCUUUGUCUAUCAAUGUCAAUAAUUGCCCUGCAGUGGAAUGGAAGGAGAUUCCUUCAAUCCUUUCAUUCUCUUGCUUGUAGCAAAUGAAGCGAAGAAAGUUACUUUCCCACCAAAAGCAGUUCAUUUGUAUCAUAAUAGUGUGCAUAAUUAAUUUUUUCUUCUUGUUUUGUUUCCUUACACUAAAGUUAGAGUCUGACCCAAUCACAAUUCCUUAUUCUAGUAAUUAGAAUGGCACCAUAUUCAGGGGCGGACAGACGUUAUGAAGCCUCGGAAGGCGAGGGCUUUUAGAAUUGGAUAUCAAGGUGAAACUGCAAAAAAGUAGUGUUUUAAAUUCUCUGCUCCAAUUUUAUUUUAUCAAAAAAGGACGAAAUAAAACCAUAGCUUGAAACACAACAUUUCCUCAUGCAAAGAUGGAAAAUCAGGGAACCUUUCAAGCACUAACUUUGAGUAUUUUUCCAUUUUAAAAUAUAAGAUUAAGACAGAAAGUCUGCAGCAUGGCAAACUGGACGUACUACUGCCAAAUGGAACUAGAGACGGGUGGAAAAUAUGGGGUGUACUCUAGAAAGCUGCAUAAGAAACAAUGUAAAAGUGGACGCGACUCCUUUUGUGUAAAUGGAAAAUUGGGAUUAUACAUUGAAUUAAACGGAAUCAAGCGCCAAAAUAUGUGGCUCUCAUGACCUGUGGGCAUGUGGCAAGAGCGUCGUGAACAGGACUCAUGAGUUAAAGAGCCACAAUCCAAAUCUCCUUGUCCUGGUCGUCGCCGCUGACGUCACUGACACUUUACAAUUCCCAAUUAUUCUUACGGCCCACAACUAACAAGCAUACUAACAAGCACCCAUCCAUUUCUGGUUCCUUUCAGUAGAAAUACAUCCAACUGAGACAGACUUUUUUGAAGUUUCACCAUCUAUGUGUGAUAGAGAGUGUAAGGGAUGCCCUCUCAUGUCAUACUGGACUUCCCUUGCUUCCAAUCAGGAGAAUGUGAGAAGCUUUCUCUCCAAAAAAUUCAAAUAUCAACCCACAAGAAUGUUAUUAUCAGCUGUUUGUUAACGAUAACGAUUCUUAGAAGUUCACUCUCCCCAAAAUUCAAGUGCCAACUAAUUAUUUUAAAGUAUUACAAUAUUAUUGCUCUUCAUCUCAAGUCCUCUUUAUAUAUCCAUCAAAUUAAAAUUGAGGGUCCUCGGCAUCCCAGGCGUUCCAUUGUCUGCCCCUGACCAUAUUGUGAUAUAAAUUACUUCAUUUGCGUAAGCUGUACUGAUCGAAAAGAAAGUCAGCUUGAAAUUAUAAACACUAUGUCGUUCUCUUUUUGUUUUCAAAUUUUAUCCAUUGUUAUUAUUUGUGACUGUUUUGUACAUACGCUUUCAUGUUACUAUACCUCUUUCAUCUUGAUUGUUUGGUAUUUACUGUCUAAAAGAUAAAAAUAUAAAAUUAUUAUUAGAUAAUAAA